AUGGUGGCGGGGGCGGCUGAGGCAGCGGCGGCCGUGGUGGAGGUCGGCUCAACCGGGCAGUUUGAGGAGCUGCUGCGCCUCAGAGCCAAGUCCCUUCUUGUGGUCCAUUUCUGGGCACCAUGGGCUCCGCAGUGCGCUCAGAUGAACGAUGUGAUGGCAGAGCUCGCCAGAGAGCACCCACGAGUCUCGUUUGUGAAGUUGGAAGCAGAAGCUGUUCCUGAAGUAUCUGAAAAAUAUGAAAUUAGUUCUGUUCCCACCUUUCUGUUUUUCAAGAAUUCUCAGAAAAUCGACCGAUUAGAUGGUGCCCAUGCCCCAGAGUUGACCAAAAAAGUGCAGCGACAUGCGUCUAGCGGCUCCUUCUCACCAAGUGGUGGUGAGCACCCAAAGGAAGACCUCAGCCUGCGCCUGAAGAAGUUAACUCACGCUGCCCCUGCAUGCUGUUCAUGA